AUGACGAGAUCAUCUCUACCGGUAUCUGCCAUAACCUCCGGCAAAUCCCCGUUACAAGCUGUCGGAGGAACGAAGUCUUUUUGGUUCGAGGGUGAUGGUUUCGUUCACGACGUGGAUUGUUUCGUUAAGACCAUCGCCACAAUCAAAGCCAAUGGCGCUCGUCCCGACCACAUUGGGUCCGUUAUCGCUCAUUAUGCUUCCACGCGGCUCCCUGACCUCUCCGGCGUCGUUAUGGAAAAUCAGCAGCAGUAUUCGCAUAGCACGGGGGCAUGUGCCACCAUAGUGGUAGCUCUGGCUUCGCCCCUGUGCGUGAUGAAGAAACGUUUCUUGGUCGAAACCCUAAUCGGAAUCCUUCCGCCGGAGAAAGACUCCGUUUCAUGUAACUUCCUCCUCCGUCUACUCAGAACCGCCAAUAUUGUCGGAGCAGAUACGGACUUCAAGGCCGACCUCGAAGUGAGGAUAUCAUGGCAGCUAGAAGAAGCUUCCCUCACAGAGCUAAUGAUACCUUCUUUCAGUCACACUUGUGCUGCGUUGCUCGACGUAGAGCUCGUGACUCGAGUGGUGAAGAACUUUGCAAGAAUAUACAAUGAAGGAAUCAAAAGCGGUACUUCUCUCAUUAAAGUGGCGAAGCUCGUAGACUCUUACCUCGCGGAAGCUGCCGCGGACCUCAAUUUAAGCCUCAUAGAGUUUAUUACCCUCACGGAUGCUCUCCCUAGACAUUCUCGUGUAACAGAAGAUGGCUUAUAUCUCGCUUUGGACACUUAUCUCAAGGCACAUCCUGAUGUGACAAAGCAAGAGAGGAGGAGACUUUGUGGGCUAAUAGGCAUCAAGAAGUUAUCAAUGGAGGCGUCUCUUCACGCUGCAGAAAACCCUCGCUUACCAGUGAGAACUAUUAUUCAGAUUUUGUUCACUGAACAGACAAAGUUGAGUCAUGGCCGCCACAACAACAGCAUUGACUGUAAUGUCUCAUCAUUAAGUCGAAACCCUUCGGGUUCACACUUCUCAGAGCCUACUCCUAGUUGGUGCAUGUCGAAAUUCGACAUGAAUGUUCAACAAGCCGAGAUUAGCAGAUUGAGAACAGGCAUAGGCAAGUUACACAACGAGUGUGAAGCUAUGCGAAGGCAGUUAAAGAAAGAGAAGAAAGGUGGUAGGAGUAGUACUGGUAAUACUUGUGGGAGUAAGUGGUAUUUCAGGUGGAAGAUGCUUAGAUUUAGUACGUGUUUUACCACUAACGAUGUGGAAAAGAAGAAUGGCGGUGAGUUUGGAGAUAACAAAGAAGGAGAAGAAGAGUUUGAGUUGGAGGAUCUGACUACUGGUAACAAAAUAACAUUAAUCUAUUAUUUUUCUUUAAAAGUAGAAAACUCUGAUGUACAUGCUUACAUUGGAGUAAAACCCAUAUUUAUAAUAGAGUUCUUCUAUUUUUAAAGAAAAAUCAUGAUGUGGGUUGAUGAUGCUCUAAAAGAAGAAAAUACAAUUUUGAAAAAUCUUAUCGGUUGUUAUUUUAUGCAUUUAUUUUGCAGUCCUUGGUGAUGCAAUCGCAAGUUCAGGACAAGUCGAUAACAGGGAAGACCCGACCGCGCUGAUCAUACCAGAUCAGCAAAUAAAGAGGAACCGGGAAGGGAAGAAACUAAAAAAGGAAAUGAACCAGUUAAUGGAGCAGUUGGUCGAGGGUGAUAGAAAGAUCAAUACCACAUCAUCCUCAGCUCAAAAGAUCGUGGACGAGGCUACACACCACCGAGACCAAAACUUACCAAACCCUGAUAAGUUUGGACUC